UGCACCGAAUACACGCUGUGGAGUCCAUUAGUGCAGUACGUUGUUGCAGUGUAUACGUUCCUAAUAGCGAGAAACAAAGAUACAUCAUGAAUAAAUAUAUACUGAUCUUGCUACUGAGUGCAAUUGCUUUGACCAAUGUUCAGGCUGCUUCAAACUCGAACGAAAAAUCGAGCGAAGAAAAUAGCAAAGACACUAGCGAUGACAGCGAAAAUAAUACCACUAUUAGCAUUGACGACGAUAAUAAAAAUGAUAGUAGUGCUAAUACCGAUGAUGGUAAUAAUAAAAAUAAUACUAGUGUCAAUACUGACAAUGACAAUGGCAUAAAUAAUACUAGUACUAACACUGGUGAUGAUAAUGACAAUAAUAAUAGUAUUAACACUGGCGAUGAUAAUAAUACAAGUGUCAAUACUGACAAUGACAAUGGUAAAAACGAUACUAGUGCCGGCACUAAUAAUGGCAAAAUUCCAGACAAAGAUGUCAAACAUGAUAUUCGCAUUAUAACAGAAUGUAUGAUACGUUCAAAGAGCAUAGGAAAUAUUGUAAUGCAUAUUACUCGGCUCACUAAGAUAGUUUUCUUUGUUGUGCCUAGCUUAAGAAAUCCAUUUAUGAAUUAUUUCUAUGCUAUUUUUGAAAUUGUAUUUAACAGAUUGAUACAACUCAAUAUUUGGUUGCAAUAUUUGGAAGCAAUCAUAAGAAGGAUUUUGCCAUUUUCAGCGUCAAGCAUAUUAUUCCCAUGAAAAUUCAAGCUCAAAGAUUAUUCAAACUUAUUUAAUUAUCCAUCAGAAUAUGCAAAAGUUAAAUAUAACAUGUCGAAAUAAUUAAACAUUCACUUAUAUUUCUCCGCGUACAAUAUUAUAUUUUAAGUUAUAUUAACACAAUGCGCGAUAUCAGUUAAUUGUAACGAUAAAAGAUAUGAUAAAUAUAAACGCUAUAAUAUUUAAAAAAUGUAUUUCUUUGAAAUAUUAAAUGUAUAAUUUAAAAAAAAUAUUUUUAACGGCGACAAAUUAUUUGCUGUUAGAUAUAUGCAAUUAUGAUUAUAUUAUGGAAGCUGAGCAGUAGUGAUAGAACUACUUGGUCAGACAGCACGCAAGCCCUUGCAUUCAGACACUAAAAUCUCUAUGAUCGGACACGAAAUAGAUCUCUGUGGUGAGACAAGUAAAAAUUUCUUCCUUUGUCGACGAAUUGAGCAAUUCAAUUCGACGCAAAAUAGAACAAUGUAAAUUUGGUUGAGUCAUGUAAAUGUAUUAUUCAUCAAAAGUGUCAUUGGAAGUCGAAUUUAGCUUACUAUUUAAAAUAAUGAUGGCGUUUGAAUAUCAUUUAUUUUACUUUAAAAUUACUAGUAUUUUCUAUAAUAAAACAUGUAUAUUUUAUGUUAAAUUAAAGAAACUUUAUUUGUUACGGCUGCAUUUUUGUUCAAUAUUUUGAUGCAAAUGUAUU